GCGGUUUCGUGCACUGGGGCGGAUCUUUAGGGGCACAGAGUAGCUGCAUUGAAAACGGAUGACGAAAUUCGAGGGAGCCUGGACAACCACGAUUUAAUGAUUGAAGCAACCUUCUCCUGGCCGGUGGCGAGUCCGAGUUCUUUUAGAUCCCUGCUAGGAAUCAACAGACCUCGCACGAAUAUUGGAAAGAUUUUUGCGCAAAUUGAAACGUUCAAUAAAUAAAGAACGAAUAAUUUCAGCGAAUAAACGCGUACAGACCUUCAGCCGUUUGAGAAGAAAUUCAAUCCGAAAGCUGAAAUUCACUUCUACGUUACGAGUGCCGGUGAUUUGAAAUAAAAUUGAAUAAAUGAUGCUCCACAACCUAAGAGCAACACAAUAUCUAAAGAGAAUGAAUUAGUUCCUGCAAAUUUUUAUUCAUUACAUGUUGCAACCAUUCUGGAAUAAUGAGAGAUGUUGUGUGAAUGUGUGAAGUAGAUUGCCUUAUUUGGUGUAAUUUCCAACAAUUGGUAUUAAUUAAUUAACUAAUUCGAUCUAAGCGUUGAUAUUUGCUAGUAGCACUUCAGGACAGGCUAAGGAAAGAAGUGGUGGGGCAGAGCCUAAGAGAGAGAGUGGGGAUUCGUUCAACGAGAGAGGGGAAGUAGUUUAAAUCCAGGGCGUCCUUGACUUCAAAUGCCACUUCAUUCUGAGCAGCCUAAACAGCAUUAUAAGAAAGAGGUGCGUUUGUUCGCGGGUGCGGCGGAACUGGGCUUGCAGCCAAGUGCCUGGAAAAAGCUGGAGUGGCUACGAUCGUUAUCAAGAUCAAGCCUGAAAUGACCGGAAUAAGAGAGAAACUAAUGAAGGAGUCGCGGGAGUUCCUUCGACCGAGCGGCGCCUUCAACAACCCCCCGACGGUGGUGGUCGACCCGAACAAGAUCGCCGGCGACCUCUCCCGCAAGACGACCAAGGUCGGCGGCCCACAGCAGCAGGACGUGCCGCCGGAGAAGAAGAAUGGGGAAUUCAUAUCCCAGUACCAGCGCAUAGCGCAGCGCAUGAAGACAGGCAUUGAGCAUGGCACUAUUCCCCGUAGCGACAAACACCGGCGCAAGCUGCAGGUGCUGACGCAACAUGCAAUGAACCAGCAGAAGGACCGUAUGCUGGUCAGCCGCCAACAGGAUUCGCGGCACUCCACCGAGGAGCAAAACAAGAUCCCGUCCACGUCCAGCGACACCGCGGCCCGGAAGCGCAAGAAUAAGGACCGCUCCAAUUCUGGCUCCGAAAGCAGGGCCAAGAAGCCGAGGCUGGAUGACCAGCCGUCCCACUCUUCCAAGCAGUUGCCACAAAAUGAGGAAGUGGAACAAUUGAAAAUAACAGUUGAGCGAUUAUACUCCACGGUCAAUUUACUUGUAAAACAGAUCAACACCACACCCCAAAUGGAGAAACCGAAACAGUCGGAGCACUGCGAGAAGAAAAAGAAAGAGCCGCGACUGGAGCGAAACAGCAUAUCUGACUCUGAAGACGAGGGUCACAGCAGCAAGCAAAGACGGCUGCCAAAACCCAGUCCUGAAAAGAAGAAGAGUGAAAAGAAGUUGAAAGAGAAGAUACAGAAAAAGCGUCGCAGGCUCCUUGACUCCGAAGGUGACUCGACAGAGUUUGAGGAGGCCCUGGACGAUGAGGAGUAUCAUACCAGCAGACAAAAGCGCCAGCCUAAACCUAAUCCUGAAGAGAAAAAGAGGAAGGAGAGUCUGCAAAAGUUGAAAGAGAAGAGACAGAAAAAACGAAGCAGCCUCUCGGACUCUGAAGGCAAUUCGACCGAGUUCGAGGAAGCCCCGACCGACGAGGAGAGCCCCGAGGGUCACAGCAGCAAGCAAAGACGGCUGCCAAAACCCAGUCCUGAUAAGAAAAAGAGGCAGGAUAGUCUGCAGAAGUUGAAAGAGGAGCGACGGAAAAAGCGAAACAGCCUCUCGGACUCUGAGGGCAAUUCGACCGAGUUCGAGGAAGCCCCCACCGACGAGGAGAGCCCUGAGGGUCACAGCAGCAAUCAAAGACGGCCGCCAAAACCCAGUACUGAAAAGAAAAAGAGGCAGGAUAGUCUGCAGAAGUUGAAAGAAGAGCCACGGAAAAAACGACGCUGCGACUCUGUUUCCGAAAGUGACUGGAUGGAGUUAGAGAUGGAGAAUCACACCAGCAGACACAAGCGUCAGCCAAAACCUAAUCCUGAAAAGAAAAAGAGGGAAGAGAGUCUGCAGAAGUUGAAAGAGAAGAGACAGAAAAAGCGAAGCAGCCUCUCCGACUCUGAGGGCAACUCGACUGAGUUCGAGAAAGCCCCCACCGACGAGGAGAGCCCUGAAAGCACGGAAAAGAGGCAGCCCACCCCUGAUCACAAAGAGAACAAGAGGUCGGAGCAAAGCAACCUCACCUUCUCUGAUGACGAUGUCGUGGAAUUCAAUGCCGACGAGGAGAGCCGGCCAAAACCAACCCUCGAGCCGAGCCGCUCCGACCCUGAGGACCAGUACGAGGCCGCCCCCGACCAGCCUGACCCUGAACUACCGCUAGUCAUUUCCAAAUUCUCUGACGGCAUGUUGCCAGAAGAACUGACGUUGCCAGAAGAACUGAUCGCGUGUGAUACUCACGCCCCUAAGUGCAGCCACAUUCCGGUGUUACUUGACGACACGCAGUACGACGUCAUCUCGAAUAAACUCGAGCGCCUUAUGGGCGGCGAGCAAUCCGACAACAUAAUUAAACUCAAAAUUGAAAAAGAGGACCCGCUGCCCCCUGGAAUGUACGUUAACAAAGAGGGUUGCGUGAGCAGCAAGGAGCUUGACGAGUACCUGCAAGAGAACCAUUACACAAACACCCUGAGGACGAAGCAUUACCGGCCAAAAAUUAAGAAGGUGGAUGCGCAAGUGCAGGACCACGGAGAAUUCGUCAGCUUUAGAAUAAAACUGAUUGGAUAUUAUUUGAAUUCGUGCGAAAAGCCAUUGAGUCAAAUGUAAUAUUGUAUUACAAACAAUGUCACAAAGUGAACUUUAUUUUGUUCAAAUUGUCUACCUAUUGUAAAUAAAAUGAAAUAAAAAUUAAAUUUUGUACUCUC